CGUGUGCGCGGAGGCUUCCUCCGCGCUCAACCCGCCCCACUGCCCUCUGCCCCUCCUCGCCUACUAAAACUAAAACCCUCUUCUUCCUCGGCACACUGGCCACCCUCCCAAAGGUGAGUCGCUUCUCCUCUUCCUUGAUCGCCGAUUUCCGGAUUCUUUCCUUUUCCCCUCCGCCGCCGGGGAUUGUGGUUGUGGUUGUGGCUUCCAUAUCCUCAUCCUCAUGGCGUGAUAGAAGGUUGCUUCGUUUCUUUGAUUGGCCAUGGACGUACGUCUUUCGUUUUCUCGGUGGGGGAUGGGAGGGGGUUCUUGAUAGUGAUGCGCUGCUGCUACAGUGCUCCUGCUCCUGCUCCUGCUGCUCGACGCUGACGGCUCGAGCUUAUCCCUCCGGCCUCCGGGGUCUCGCUCUCUGGAUUAUUCCUACUUCUUUUUCUUUCUUUUUGUCUCAUCUUGAAUUGAAAAACUUGGCCCUGCGGUGUCUCGCCUCCACUGGUCACUGGAGCACUGGACCGAUGUAUAUAGAGAGAGACCGACCGACCUGGCGUCACGCACGCACCGCACUGAUUGGGCUCCAAGAUCGGCCGCUGCCAACUGGGGGCCUCACCGCCACCCGUUCUUGGAAAACAGCACGCUACUUGCUUGAAAGCAAAGGGAGAUACUUGCCGCGUUGGGAUUCUCCAACUCCAACUCCAACCAAGACGAACGAUUUCAUCCCAGUGCAUUUUGUGUGAGGAUCCAGACGCAGGAGGAUGGCUCUCAAGAAGUUGCUGCAGCUCUUUUGUGUCGGAAAGAAGGAUUCCAAGAAGAAAGGUAAAUUCAUCGAUCCACUCUGGCAAGCCUCUGCCUCCCGCUCCUCUGUGAAUGUCACUGCAAACAAGACUCAUUUGGAUCCCUGUUCAAGUGGGAAUGACACUGUAAGCGUGCAAAACCAUGAAGUUGAAUCCUCAAGUACGGUUUCCUCGUGGGCAAGGACAGAGCAAGGAACUGAGAUUGCUCAUCAUACGCCCUUUAGUCAAUUUGAUGUUGUCCAAGAUUUCUCGGAUCACCACUAUGCAAAGACUUCAGCAGGAAAGGUCACAAAGGAUUGGGUGAAGGCAAUCCAAAGUGAAUGGGAUCUUCUACAGAAAAACCUACCUGAAUCUAUAUACGUUAGAGUCUAUGAGGACAGGACUGAUCUGCUGAGGGCUGCCAUAGUCGGGCCAGCAGGAACUCCAUACCAUGAUGGUCUGUUCUUCUUCGAUGUCCGUUUUCCUUGCGAAUACCCAAAGUGCCCACCAAAAGUAUACUACCAUUCUGGCGGACUUCGGCUGAACCCGAACCUGUACGAGAGCGGGAAAGUGUGCCUGAGCCUUCUGAACACCUGGUGGGGCAAGGGGUGCGAGAAGUGGGGCAAGUCGAGCUCCAGCAUGCUGCAGGUUCUGGUCUCCAUCCAGGGCCUCGUGCUGAAUGACAGGCCAUACUUCAAUGAGCCAGGAUCCAAGAACUCGGCUGAAACGACAGGUGGUGAGAGGUGUUCCCUGGCUUACAAUCAGACGGCCUUCGUCAGAUCAUGCAAGACGAUGCUGUAUUCACUCCGGAAGCCUCCAAUGCAUUUUGAGACCCUUGUGUUGUGGCACUUCCACGAGCAUGAGCGUGCCAUCCUCGACGCUUGCAGGGCUUACAUGUCUGGGACAGUCGUUGGGUCGUCUGCUGGGACUGGGAGCAACCGCAGAUACGUCCAUGACAAGUGCUUUGCAGAAUUCCACAAGUCGCUGACGCUCUACACUGAACAUCUCAGGGCUGAGUUUGCUGCAAACACAAGACGAGUGAUGGAGCUGGAAACAGAAGACGAGAUCGUGCCUAGCAUAGCAGCUAGCGUGAAAUCGUGUUGAAGGCAAAUGCCCCACGGUGUUGUAUGUUGCUCUCAUCAUCAGAUAUUUGCUGGCUUAGCUAUUUCUAGCCUCAUUCUACUUCAUUCAUGUCACUUGAAUAAUCUAAUUCAUGGCAAUUGUACCUGUCCCUAUACCUAGAUGGCUUAAAAUCUGAAGGUUUAUUACAGUUUCUUUCUGAUGAA